AUGGCUGACACGACUCUCCUCCAUAUGGCAAACGCCGGAGCCGGCGAGGCGAUGAUCCUUGAGUACGGCCCAGCUGCUCAACGAAAGUUCAUUAUCGUCGACGGCGGCCCAGCAAAUUGGGACGGCUCGCUGUAUCAGGACAUAGCCUACUUCAAAUAUUUUUUCUCGGCGGCCAAGAAGAUAUGGGGUGACGGCGGGCGCACAGAGCCGUUCAAUCCGUCGGCAAUUAUAAGUUCAUGCCUGAAUGAAGAUCACUACAGGGGACUGGUGUCGUAUCUGAAGUCAGCGAGUUCGAAGAACGGAAGCUUUCGGGGCCCGAUUGUGGUUCUGAGCACUCAGUCACUGGGUCUCGCGGAGUUUAAGGCGGUCCUAGGGAAAGGUCAGCUGAAAUGGACCUCCCAGCCAGGGUUCCCAUCAGACGCUCUGUCAGGUCUGAUCUGUGACGCUCCGGAUAGCGAGUCGAUCAAAACCUACAAAGCCAGCGCCUCAGACAACAAUCAAGGCGGAGCCAUCACCCAAUUGCCCGCGAAUGAUGCCAAAUAUGAGGUUCUGAACAGCGAGGGUGGUAUCCUGAUGCAUACCGACCCAGGGAGUCCACGAAAGGGGCAUAUCUUUUUCACUGGCGACGACGCGGGCUGGAAAAUAGGCCCUAGUGUUGCCGAGAAACAGUACUCGAUAUACAAAAUCCAGGACCACGGUAGAUGGCAGAACGGGCGGCUCGCAAAAGAAACUCGGAUUGUUUCUGAUGGCGUCAAGCGCGAAACUGCCCUUCGCAGUCUCUUUGCAGCCAAUAUUCGAGGCUACGUAGGCUUCCAAGACAGUUCCCUCCUGAAGACUCGAGCGAGAGUGCUAUUCAACCACAUUUGCAGCGCCGAACAGCUCACAGCGGAAUCAGCCGCUGCGUAUCUCACGAGUUUGGAUACACGGCACCAGGCCUACCUCACGGCCUGUGCAUCCAACCUCGAUGACGGCAAUGGGAACUUUGCUAUCGAGCUGAUCGAGACACAUGGCGGGACUGCCCUCACCCCCGUGCCCUCCGAAGUCAUGCUUCGCGCCGAAGGAUGGGUGCACUCGCUGCAGCCCUCGGAGCCGGAAUUUCCGCUAUUCUACUCCAUGCAGGAGUCAAAAGUUGCACCCGCCGAGGAGUGGAUAAAGUGGAUCUCAAGUGACUCUUGGAGCUCGAGGUACCUGAGCAUACUGAGUAUUCACUCUAUCUGUGACUUUUUCCAAUCCUUUUCGGCUAACGCGUAUGCCGUGAGUGGUAAUUGGAAAGGUCGCCAUGAGUUAGCAGCCACGAUAGUGGGCCUGGGUCUUGCGAUGCACAACAAGAAACGCACGGCUAUCUUGUACCUGACUGAUCCAAGUGCCUUGGCAGUGUCUGUUAUAGCCUUCUAUUGUUCCGUGCUGGGGAAGGAUAUUACAACGUUCUUCACGCCGACCUCCUUAAGUAUUAGGUUCUUGAGUCAGGGUUUCUACCUAACGCUUAAUGGCGACGAAAGCCCCCCAGCAAACGGCCGAGAUGUGAACCAACGGUCUGCAGAGCUGCGCCUUGGAACGUCCAAUAUGGUGACCGAUGCUGAGGUUAAGACCCAGCUGGAAUCGGAUGCGUCGAAACUGGCAGACCGAUUCAAGGCCUCCGACGGCGGAUAUCAAGUCUCGUCGAUGAAUGUUGGUACUACCUCGUAUCUUUGCCUAACGGCACCAAACAAGCCUGGAAUACAGACCAGUAAGCCACUGCCUCUGGCUGUGAUUGAGAGCUGGUCAUCGGCAGCAGACGCGCUCGACUCUGUCCAGUGUAUCCAAGCGACAGCGACUGGCACCUUGAACGGCUCAGUGAUGAAGCUGGGAAAGCCAUCGGGAGCGAAUUCGUGGCCAUUGACCUGGGUAAAUCAGGCCAAUGGGGAUAAAAGAACCUUUUACGUCAAUAAUACCACUGGCGUAGUCACGGAAGGUAGUGUACAGACUCCACCGGCGACAGGUAGCUCGGUAGCCUUGUUCAAGUUUGAGACCAUGGCAGCUAGCAAAGUCGCCCGAGCGCCAUUAUUGUCGCUUCCACCUCAUACAGACGAUAGAUUGGCCAUUUCGCCCUCACUGCGCAAGUUUUGCGAGGCUGCGGGUAUAGAGGUUUCUGCGAGCUUUUCUGGUACAGAUGCCCUUGCCGCGUUAGUUGGCAAAGACCAUCUCACCUCGCUGGGCUUCACACUGAAUAUGGAGGAGGCCGCAUUAUCCUUUGCUGUGAAUUUGGAUUCCUCCACCGUUGACUUUGUUGAUAGCGGUGUCUCUUUCACUGUUCAUGCAGCGAGGAUCCACUUCGUGCUCUCAGAUAGCUCGACUAUCUCCUUUGGCUCAACAAAACUUCGCGUUAUAUCUCAAGUGAUUGAGUUAACGUGGGACACGAAUUUGGCACUUUCCACCACGUUAUACGUUAACUUCAAGGGAGGUAUGAGUAUUAAGGAUCCGAAAUCCGUGGAAAACGCGACGCGCACGACACCCCUUCGGAAAUGCCUUUUGGGCAUGGGCAUGAGUGCCGAUGCAUUGGCGACCAUCAAGAUACCAAAGUUGCUUAGCUUCUUGAGCGACCGACCAGCAAGCGUUAUCGAGAUGCUGGAGGAGCAGCUGCCGGCAGUCCUGGUAAAGAGCGGGAUUGGAGCCCUGAAGCCCGACUUGAAAAACUCAGUCGUACAGGCUUCGCACACACCAACCAAACAGGCUUAUAUCAGUAACGCGAAGAUUGCUUGUGACUUGGGCUCAGCUCCAUCCUGGAACAAGAAGAUCACACUGAUGGGCAAAGAGCUCACGAUUAAGGACAUGAAAGUUGUGAUCGAAAAUGCAGCCACCUCUGCGCAGCGAAUUUCUUUCGUCGGCUCCGCUUCAACGCAGGCUAUUUCUGGUUUAGAUAUCACCAUGAAAUGGUCUAGCGUACUUGAUUCCAACCACGUGAGGGAAUGGUUCUUCACCUUGAAUAACAUGUCCAUCGCUGCCCUCUCGCAGCUCCUGCCAGACACGGCCGACCUCCCCCAGCUCACAAUCCCCAUUGCCGAGUCACCACUGAGCAGCCUCGUACCAUCGGUGGUAGGAUUCUCACUGAGGCAACCAGUGGCCAGCGUAUCCGAUUACCAUCUGGCCAAUCUCUCAAUAGCGGUGACUAUUGCAGAAUCAAGCUGGAAGAAGAUGCUACCAUCGUCUUUCCCAGUACAAAAGAUUGGACCGCCUACGAUUCGCGUCAACGUGCAUAAUCCGGGGAGCAAGAAUCUUCGGCAGGUAGGGGUUGACGUGGAAGUGACACUAAGAAGUGCUAUUGCGUUGCAAAUCCAGUUCGGGGCCGAGCCCUUAGUGGGCAACCAACAUGAGUUCCGAAUGAGAGUGACUGGCCCUCCUGAAGGGGUGAGCUUAGCCCAAAUCGCCAGUGAGAUCGGGCUGGGUAAUGACCUCUCGACGAAGAUUUCUUCGGCGAUCCCCAUUGUCGGGGACUUUCUGUCCAGAGCUCAUGUCGUUGUUCUUUGUCCGACGCUCACGCUUCAGGGCUCCACCGCGACAUUUGGGGAUUGGCGUCUCAUUUUAACGCUGGAGACCUGGCCCAUCACCGAUGCGAUCGUGCUGCACAGGACGCACUUGACGUUGGAAUCUAUCAGUGGUAUGAUUUCAGCGAAGGGUACGGCCUCGUUGUUGGUCGGCAACAAAGAGGUAGACGUGGCGGCCAAAACGCCCCAGGCGAACCUGCCAGGUGAGGUGCGCGUCACCGCACCAAAAGGCAUCUCAGCAGCGGAUUUGUUGAGGACGUUACGUUUGCCAGACCUAAGCGACAUCCCAGAGGUCGGCUCCCUGCUGAGCGUGCAACUUGAUUCGGCAUCUUGCACGGUAGAUUAUACAAAGACCGAGCCCCGUAAGCUGGUAUGCGUGGGUGCGAGUUUAACCUGUUCAGGUGAAAGGGUUUCCAUCGGGCCUUUGGUCCUUGUCGGAGUGAAAGCUACCUUCCAGUAUCAUGGACAAGACGAUCCCCUCGGUCCCGGAAAAGCGCAGAAGACCUUCCACCUCAGCGCCACACUCGAGGACAACAGUUUCCAAGUCGACGCCUCUUAUGAUGAUGCGAAGCCGGGAUCAAUUCAGCUGCGUUUUACUAGGAAGUCGAAGGUCACGUUAAAUCAGACACUGACGAAACUGCUGCCCAAUGAUAUCACGAACGUUAUUGCACCAGUGGUAGGCACGCUAGCAGUCGAUCAUGUGGAAGUUUCUUUUGACCCCAAGACGAAACGUUUUACGUCAUUCGAGGUUGCUUUAAGUGACCUUGAACCCUUGGCAGUGGACAAAGUUACCUUAACAUCCCUGAGGGUUGUCUACAAGGCGGCAGUGGUGGCAAAAGGAAAUGACAAAGGAUCACCGACGUCCCUGAAGGUAAACGGAUCGGUGAAAAAGGAGGCCAUUGGUGCGACCUUCGAGAUUAGUUGCUUGCCAAGCUCCAAGGUCCCGUCGGAAGUCGACUUCUCGAUCCUGCCCACAAAGCCAGACAGUCUUUCUCUCGCGAACUUCAUCACGCUCCUAGGUGUCGAUCGGCCUGCGUGGGCUUCACCGUCCGGGAGCCCGGAUUUCUUCACCUUCCAAGUCACGAAGAUCAGCGGGCAGAUCGCCAAGCCGGCCAGCUCAGAGCAGAGGAAGUCUCUUGUUAUAUCUAAGUUCGAGGCUGUAGUGGAGACAUCUGCCAAGCUGACAGUUCUUCAAAACCUGAACAUUCAGCUUGACCAGCUCCGACUUGACCUCAAGUACGAAAAAGGCAAAGGUCUGUCUGCCCAGUUCAAUGGACGUUUGAGUCUCAAGUCUCCAACGGUAAAUGUCUGGGUGCGAUACACCGAUGAACCCGUGAAGCAGUAUGAGGGCGAACUGUCAAACAUUGAAGGGCCCUACGAUGCGAAGGAGCUGGCGAAUAGGUUCCUCAGCGAGGACCAGUUUAAAAUGCCCGAGAACGUUGAAUUUCCAGCAACGCUUCCUCUCGUAUCGCUUCACGUUCUUAUCAAACCCGGAGUAUCCGCCAAGGUUUGGGGGAUGGGACAGAAAAAGUGGAAUCCAACGCUUUCCGGUGUGCCAAUAGAGAUGGCCUCACUAGGGGCAAGUGUCGAAGUGCGAGAGCCCAAGGAAGAGAAACAACCAACUGAUAAAGAAGGUGAUAUGGAAAGGAUUGACGUGAAAGACGACGGAAAUGGCGAUGGAAAGGGUGACGGGAAAGCCGGUAGGAAAGACGACAAACUCCCCACAAAGGUGGCCAAAGACUAUGACAUUCGUAUCAUUGGAAAGCUGGGCUUCACGGACUUCACGGCUGCAACAGCAUUGCUGGAUAUCCGGACCAACCAUGGUCUCAUUUUGCAAGCAUCCGUGAAGAAAAAGCAAAAUGCAAAGAACGAACUGGAGGGACUGACAAAUGAGCUGGCCUCUACGGACAAAGCCCGAUUUGCCCAGCUUUCGAAGAACUCGACUAUUCCCUCAUUGUCUAUAGCUGACAAAGAGCUGCAGUUAUACCUGGACUUUGACAAGAAGCUCUUCUAUCUGGCUGGAACGAUCGGCGAUAAUAUAUCCGCCCUGAUUCUCGGUCGCCCCAAGCUUGGGCCAGCGCCCCAAGAGAGUGACGCGCGUAAUUAUGUGGUUUCUGUGGUAGUGCAAGACAUCGGCAAGUUGUGGCCAGAGUUUGAUAGCACAGUCGGUCAGGUAUUUGACUGUGAGGUGCUUGCUGGGGAGAUUGUUGCGUACGAUGGCACCUACGCACAACUUACUGACGACCUGAAAACCGCCUAUUCGCAACUCAAGAUCAAGGGCUCCAACGAUGCAUCUAACGCGAUAGUCUCGCAGGAUGGUAAGGUGGGACUCGGUGUCCUUUUCUUUGGCAAGCUCAGCCUCAAGGGUACCAAGGCAAUGACCGACGCCGUGAACAUGAUUGUGGAGAAGGACAAGCCAGCGGAGAUUAUUGUUUCUGCCAUGGUCACCAAGCCAGCAGCUAAUUCUCAAUUCCUGGUCAGCAUCAGUAAUUUGACAUUCUGGGGAGGACACCUCGUUCUCAAUGAUACCAGGGGCAUGUACAGCAACAAGAAAUUUUCUGUGGCUGGUAAACUCACCGCGACAUUUGAGGGACUGGACAAACUCAAGUUUGAUAUCAACCUUGACGUUGAGCCCGGGAGCACCAGAUUCAAAGCCAUCACCGCUGUCGGAGAUGAUACCAAACCAGUCAAACCGUUUGGCAAGUUUCAUUUUCAAAUGAAGAAAUUCAGCAUCGAAGGCAAAUUUCUCCGCAAGGACGGCAAGCGGAAGAGUGAGGUGACCAUUACGGGUGACGCAACCCUGGGUGGCAAAGUCGGACUGACGGGUGCCCUGAUGUUUGUCGAUGGAGCGCCUUGCAUUGCUGGUGUGAACUUCAAGGGCUUGGAAAUAGAUAUCAAGGACGUGGUGCAGUUGUUCAACGGCAGCUCCAGCGGCGAUAGUACCGCGGUAGCAUGGCCGAACGAGUACCAAGCGCUGGCACUGAAAUUGAACGACUUGUAUUAUGCCAAAAGCGACCAGACAAUUGACGGGAGGCAGUAUACGACCGGGUUCCACAUCAGUGCUCUAUGCAAGUUGUUUUCAGACGAGUAUAAGUUCUCGCUCGAUGCUGCCUUUGCGGCCCCUGGGUUAAAGAUUGAGGCCAAAUACCUACCGUCGAUUGAUCUCGACUUUGCCAGUUUCCGCGACACAUCCAUAUCAAUUGAGGCAACAAAGUCCAAGGUAAUUAAAUUCGCAUCUUUGACCCUGCGCAUGGCUAACGAUCAAAAGAAAUCAUACACUGGUAAAACGACGGUCACUGUGCUAGAUCUCAACCCGACGUCGGUUGAUCUUAGCUAUGCGUCGUCCGACCAUUCGUACUUGGGAACGUUCCAGUACAAAGGUACAAUUUUGGGCCUUUCCAAUCCAACGAUCAAGAUCAAGUACUCGAAGGAGAAGAAGUUCCAGGUGCUGGAAUUGCCGAUCCCAGCAGAGCUCGGUGAGGCCUUGAAAUUGGUAGAAGGGAUCGAGGAAGCCUCCAAGACAAUAGACACGAACAAGUGCGGCGCUCUGGUGAAAAUGAUUCUAAAGAUUCAAAAGACGAAGUUCUCACUGAACGUGGCGCUUGGUGGUACAAAGCCCUCCGUCAAAGGUGAGAAGAAAAUUCAGUUCUAUAUCACCGGGAAGUUCGAGAUCUUUGUGGCAGAUAAGAUUGUGGCAACCAUUCAAAUGCCAAAGCUACACGGCGCGCUGGAGGAUUUCAAAGCAACCAGUCUGCAAGAUGCCAUCAAAGAGCUCUUGAAGAACAAUGCCAAGGCGCUGGGCGAACAAAUCUUGCAAGAUUGGGAGCAAUUCCUGAAGUUAUUUGGAACGAUAGCCCUCGCCGACAUCAGUGAGAAACUGUUGAGCGUCGCGAUGUGCCGCAAGAUCAAGACGGACAACGUCAAAGACAAGGCGAGGCAGACAGCAGAAUCGAAGAAGACCGACGUGAAAAGCAAGGGAAGCGAAACCAAGGUGAAGCUGACCGAGGCGGGGGGCGCGGCGGGCGCGGCGGGCGCGGCGGGCGCAAUGGGCGGCCUCGCGGGCGCCUUGGGGGCGGCGGGCGGACUGCUAGAGGGUUUUGGCGCCGCGCUGGCCGGCUUCGCUGGCUUUCUGGUAGGGCUCUUCAGCUUCUUUGGCAUAGGAUCGAGCGAGGAACAGAAAUACUCCAAGGACAAGAAGGAUCUCGAAGGCCUUCACACGGAGCUCAAGAACAUGCACUCAGCAGCCAUUGAGUUCAUCCACAAAGACGUGCUAAAAAUGGAUGGCAGUCCAACCUGCACCUUCGUGACCGGCGAAAGGCUGCACGUUGACUGGUCCGCGAUCAAACCCAAUAAGGCCGGCUUCGACUAUGAGAACUUUCAACGUUUUACCUGGACGGUCAUCGUCAGCUUUUCGGGAAACAUAGAGGACAAGAAUAACUUCGUCGUCAGCGUCCCAACCACGAUGAGCAAGGAUAUCGAUAAGCCCGAGUUUCUAUACGCCCCAACGGUGUAUGUCUGGGUAAAGGCGACCUACAAGCACUCCAGUGAUCCAAAACAAGACUUGGUUUCGCUACCAAGCAGGCGAGGUAGUAAAUCCCAUGUUCCUUCUCUAAAACCACCGGGGGUGAGCUUUUCUUCAGCUUCCGGCCAAUGCACCGUCACCGUCAAACCGCUAGAAUCCGAGAAAUACCGCAUUGUAAUUGCAGGUGCAGACGAGCAAACGCCAGGUUCGACCUUAUAUAAUCCGGAGCCGCACACGCUGGACCAGAACGCGUUGGAUAUUCCGUGGGCAAAGCUCCAGGUGCCCGAAACAUUACCAACCUCCGUGCGUGCCUAUGUUCAGCGGCUAGCAGGAAAUCCCAAUAGCCACAAUGACUCGCCUUGGGCCAAAUCGCCACAGGAGGUUCGUCUCGCGCCUGUGCCUAAAAACAUGAAUCCUAAGAUGAGCAAUGCGAGCGAAAACACCGACGUUGAUGUGCAAUGGCAACAGCCCGGUGAGGCCACGACCCCGGUGGACUAUGAACUGCAGGUUUUCCGGGUUGAUGACGAUAAGCCGAUCAGCUCCAUUCAACAAACGCCUCAAACAGUGGGGCCAGAUCAACGCAAAGUCCGACUUUCCUCCUCAGAGUUCACUCCGGGUCUUCGCAUUGCGAUCAAGGUGCGGGUCGUGCAGAACGACAACGCGAUUGCCCUGACGGUAACCAAGCCAUUUCAAAUUGUGAUGACGCCUAAACAGCCUCCCUUCUGUGACUUCUUGCCACUGGGAGCCCUCAUUCAACGGUUCCGGGUGGGUGAUCAGAACAUCGUCCUAGGAUACGACAGUCAGGAUGACUACGUGCAGUACAAAGGACCACAAUUUGGUAGGACCAUCGGCCGCGUUGGGAAUCGGAUUGAGAAUGGAACAUUCCAGUUGAAUGAGGUGGACUAUCACCUGCCACAAACAGAUGGAUACGGCAACACCACCGAUGGCGGCAAGCGCGGAUGGGGCAAACGCAUUUUCCAGGGCCCUAUCAAGGAGAAGCGGAAUGGGGUUGACGCUACAUUAUUUACCUAUCUUAGUGCAGACGGCGAAGAAGGCUUCCCAGGGGAAGUCGAGAUCAAAGUCUGGUACAUGGAAAGCCACGGGUCCACGGCAACCGGAAAACCGACGACGGUGCUUACAAUUGAGUAUGAAGCUGCAACGACCAGGGAGGAGGUGCAAAGCACCAUCGUCAAUGUUACCAACCGCAGUUAUUUCAACCUGACCGACGAGCCGUCGAUAGAAGGGACAAAAGUAAAGCUCUGCACUAGAAAAUAUCUCCCGGUCGACAAACGAGGCAUACCAACGGGUGGUGUUUCCGACUUCAGUACUGACUUCACCCAAGAAGCCCCUCUGGGGGCUGAUGAACCAAAGGUUGAUCACUGUUUUGUGGCUGAAAGCAAUGGCAACUGGACCAUCGACACGCGGGGCAACCCUCCCAAGACCCUUGGCUCAUUCAGCAAGGGCAAUGUUCACCUCGAAGUGCAAAGUACAGAGCCGGCAUUCCAGUUCAACACCGGAGACCAUCUAAAUCUUUCGGAAAAUCCUCGCUAUGGCCCGCGUUCGGGCUUCUACAUUGAGCCGUGCCGGUAUAUCAACGCCAUAAAUAAGUCAGAAUGGCAGAACAUGGUUAUACUCAAGCCUGGAGAGAAAUAUGGCUAUAAGAAUGUCUACACGGCUUGGAAAGAGUAG